AUGUGGUCCUUGCAUAGUGUUUUGGCACUGGCCGUGUUGACGAGGGUAAACGCGCUCAACAAUGGGGUGGCCAAAUUGCCUAUUCUGGGAUACAACACUUGGUAUGCCUACCAAUGCAACAUUGACCAAAAUUUGGUCCUCAACACCGCAACGCUUAUUAAAUCCCUUGGGCUUCAAGACGCUGGUUAUGAGUAUAUCAACAUCGACGACUGUUGGGCGGAGAAGAACCGCUCUGCUUCGGGCGAUCUUGUUCCGGACAAGGUUCGCUUCCCGAACAUCACCGCAAUGACGAGUGAGAUUCACGCUCUGGGUCUCCGCGCGGGAAUCGUAAGUGUAUUGUUCUUGAUUUUGGAUGGCUUAACCUACCUCGCUCUAGUAUGGGUAAAUGUUCGAGUCAUCGACGGUUUCGGUGCUGACAAGCUGGCAUCCAGCGACUCUGGAUGGUUUACUUGUGCAGGGUACCCUGGCUCGUUCAUGAAUGAGCUGCGCGACAUCACGCAGUUCCAAGAAUGGGGUUUCGAUCUGCUCAAAUAUGACAAUUGCGCCAUCCCUUUCGACGAUAUUAUCCGGCAAGGCAUGAUGGGCAAAUAUCAACGCAUGGCAGAUGCUAUCGCAUCGCUCGCGGAGACCAGCGGGAAGAAACCUUUUGUUUUUUCCCUUUGUGAGUGGGGGUGGAGCCAAGUCUGGCUCUGGGGCGCAACGAUGGGACAUAGCUGGCGUACUGUGAACGACAUCGCUCCACAGUGGGACACCCUUGCGGCUAGCAUCAACUUCAACUCUUUCAUCACGCAGGCCACGGACUUUUAUGGCCACAACGAUCUGGACAUUCUCCAGCUUGGAAACGGCGGGCUUACGUUCGAUGAAGCCAAGUCCCAUUUCACAGCGUGGGCACUUUUGAAAUCGCCUCUUCUCAUUGGAAACAACCUUUCCACCAUCACCCCCGAUAUUCUUGGGAUCCUCACCAACAAGGAAAUUCUUGCCAUCAACCAGGACCCAGUGGUCGGGAAGAGUAUCUCGCCAUUUCGCUGGGGAAUUAACCCGGAUUGGACGUCAAACAACUCGUUCCCUGCGCAAUACUGGAGUGGUCCAUCACAGAAUGGCACUGUUUUCAUGCUCCUCAACACACUCAACGAGCCGGCAGACAUGUUCUUCAACUUGACUGAAUCGCCUUGGAUUCGCGCCGGACGACAGUAUUCUGUACGGGAUCUUUGGUCUCAUACCGAUAACGGCACGGCGGUGCGCAACUUCACGGCCCACGCUGUCCCCGCCCAUGGCGUCAUUGCGCUUCUGUUGGAAGACGCCGGCGAUGAGCCUGGUGGGAUAUUCCCUCAAUGUGCUGUGUGGGUCGAGUGCAUGGACCAGAAUGGAACCCGUGUCGGUGGCUGA